CUUGAUCUCGUUGUCAGGCUGAACAUCGAUGGGCUGCUGGUGUAUUUCCCCUAUGACUACAUUUACCCGGAGCAGUACUCCUAUAUGCUGGAGCUCAAGAGGACGCUGGAUGCCAAGGGCCAUGGCGUGCUGGAAAUGCCCUCAGGGACUGGGAAGACUAUUUCCCUCCUGUCGCUCAUUGUGGCCUACCAGCGGGCCCAUCCGCUGGAGGUGACCAAACUGAUCUACUGCUCCAGAACCGUGCCUGAGAUUGAGAAGGUCAUUGAGGAACUACGGAAGCUCCUGGAUUUCUAUGAGAAGCGGACGGGGGAGAAGCUCCCCUUCCUCGGCCUGGCUCUGAGCUCCAGGAAGAACCUCUGCAUCCACCCCGAGGUGAGUCGGUUCUGGGCUCCCCACCCUUGGGUCCCUGGUUCUGGGGCACAGCCAGCACUCAGCUGCCCGGCAGGCCGGGGAGGAGCCCAGGGCUGCUCUGCCCUCCAUGCCUGCUGCCCCACAACCAGGCUUUCCCG